CCUGUGGCCGCGGCUGUGGCGGGCGCCGAGGAUGGCUCCCUCACCAACCAAGCGCAAGGAUAGGUCUGAAGAUAAAUCAAAGGACCGUUCCAAGGACAAAUCAUCCACAAAGGAAUCUGGUGAUAAGGAUCGUGGCCGAGACAAGGCACGCAAAAGGCGCAGCGCUUCCAGUGGAAGCAGCAGUACCAGAUCCCGUUCCAGCUCAACUUCCAGUUCGGGGUCCAGUUCUAGCACUGGUUCUAGCAGUGGGUCUAGCUCCUCUUCUGCCUCAAGCCGCUCUGGGAGCUCCAGCACCUCACGCAGUUCCAGUUCCAGCAGCUCCUCUGGAUCUCCAAGUCCAUCUCGACGGAGACACGACAACAGGAGACGUUCCCGCUCCAAGUCCAAGCCACCCAAGAGAGAUGAAAAGGAGCGGAAGAGGCGAAGCCCAUCUCCCAGGCCUACAAAAGUGCACGUUGGAAGGCUCACUAGAAACGUGACCAAGGAUCACAUCAUGGAAAUCUUUUCCACAUAUGGAAAGAUUAAGAUGAUCGACAUGCCAGUCGACAGGCUAAACCCACACCUUUCCAAAGGCUAUGCUUAUGUGGAGUUUGAGAAUGCAGAUGAUGCUGAGAAGGCCUUGAAACACAUGGAUGGAGGCCAGAUUGAUGGUCAGGAGAUCACUGCCACAGCUGUGCUGGCACCACGACCUAGACCACCUCCGAGACGCUUUAGCCCACCCAGGAGGAUGCUGCCACCACCACCAAUGUGGCGCAGGUCACCCCCUCGCAUGAGGAGAAGGUCCCGGUCUCCUCGGCGCAGAUCUCCUGUUCGCCGGCGAUCGAGAUCCAGAUCUCCCGGGCGAAGGCGCCACCGCAGCCGCUCCAGCUCAAACUCCUCCCGAUAAAGCAAAAAGACUGGACAGCUUUUUAUUUUUUAACUUAAAA